ACUCAAUCAGUUUUAUUCUACCACAAGUCUCAUACACAGGAAACUUACCUCCAUAAACUCAAUCGACAUACUAUUAUCACCCUUCAAGAUGCAUAUCACUCUCACCUCCAUCGCUCCGGUCGCAAUUCUGCUCAUGGCCAGCACUGCCCAAGCCUGCGUUAAUUUCGGGGCCGUCACCUCCUACAGCAAUGGCCAGAUGGACGGCGGCAUAACGGACAACGGUGCCCACACUUGCACCAUCAACACAAUUCCCGGGUUCUCAGGAGGCACUGCAGACGAGAAUGCGUAUUGGCCUGCCAGCUGUAUCAGUGGUUACAGUGCGACUAUCAGAAAAAAGGGAGCUGAGAUAGCUUAUUGCAACCCUAGCAACUGCUUCACCUUUGCUGCGAACUGCGAUUAUGACAGCGACGCUAUCCGUUGCAACGCCAAUGUAUUUGGCUGUUAAGUGGGUGUAGCAAGGAGCCGGACGCGGAUAGUCAUUUCGUGGUAUAUUUUCUACCUUCGACUAUAUCUAGAACUAUUAGACAUCCGUUUAUUGAAUGGGGUUCAAUGCAAAGGCUUGUCUUGUAAUAAAUGGCCAAUUGUUAAACCAUGCUCCAAGAUCUGUUUCAAUAUUUAUGUUUCCAAACUUGCAAAAUAGAGUUGAACCAAAAUACACUCUUCAAAUGGAUAGUGCUGUACGCUCUAUAUCCA